UAUUCCCUUGCAUCUCCAUUUUCCCUUCCCCUCUCCGUGCGGUUUCGAAGGAAGGGAAGAAGCGGAGGCCUCUCUCGCCCCAUCCCUCUCGAUCUCUCCACCUCUUUCGCGAUCUCCAGCUGAAGGAAAGAUGGGGUUGUCGUUCGCAAAGCUCUUUAGCCGCCUGUUUGCGAAGAAGGAGAUGAGGAUCCUGAUGGUCGGGCUUGAUGCCGCUGGUAAGACCACAAUUCUUUACAAGCUCAAGCUUGGAGAGAUCGUCACCACCAUUCCAACCAUUGGAUUCAAUGUGGAGACCGUUGAGUACAAAAACAUUAGCUUCACUGUAUGGGAUGUUGGUGGUCAGGACAAGAUCAGACCUCUGUGGAGGCAUUACUUCCAGAACACACAGGGCCUUAUUUUCGUUGUUGACAGCAAUGACCGUGAUCGUGUUGUUGAGGCAAGAGAUGAACUCCACAGGAUGCUAAAUGAGGAUGAGUUACGGGAUGCUGUCUUGCUUGUGUUUGCUAACAAACAAGACCUUCCAAAUGCAAUGAAUGCUGCUGAAAUCACUGAUAAGCUUGGUCUGCAUUCCCUGCGUCAGCGACACUGGUACAUACAGAGCACUUGUGCCACAUCUGGUGAGGGCUUAUACGAGGGGCUCGACUGGCUUUCUAGCAACAUUGCCAGCAAGUAACCAAGGUUGCUUGGAGGGGCGCAUGACAGCAUCAGUAUUAUGGAAUUUUCCACAUUGUUGCACGCUUUUGGGACACAUCGAAACCAACGCAACUUAUAAUGUUUCACUUGAAUGGGUCAACUUUUUCCCUUGUCUUAUGCUUUUUCAAAACCUAAGUAAUACUCUGACAGUAAAAUAACCGUGUUGGCUACCUUACACCUGUUCUAUGUUUAUGAAUUCUUUUUGCUGGUAUGCUACUCGCUUUGUUGAAUA